AUGAACGUUUUUAACUUUGCGAGCAUGGAAAAGAAAAAAAACAGUCAAAUUCAGCAGGUGUGUGUAAGAAAGGGAAGAUCAUAUGACAAUUCAAAUGAAGAAUGUACUAAGUUAAAAAUAAAAGGAGGAUACAUAACCCACAUGGGGAGUGAAACAACGUAUGGGGAUACUCCAAAUGCGGGGCAUACAAAUGGACACUCAUUAAAUAAUAUGCUGAUGAGAAGGAAAAUCGAAAAUGUGGAUAAUGACGAAUGGAAAAUAAAACAACCUGUCUUAUUUUGUGACAAAUCAGGAAAUCAUAAAAAAAUUGAUGUGCUCGUAUACCCAGUUUGUGAUCAAAAUAAUUUUUAUCAUUUAAGGGAAAAAAAAAGUGAUCGGCCAGGUAAAUAUUUACAUGCCCACAGUGCAAGCAACCCAGGGGAAGGCAAACAAAUAUGCACAAAAAAAUUUGUUCAAAAGGGUCGUAUAAAUGAAGCCUUUUUUACGUGUGGAAAUAAAUACAAGUUGGAACAAGGCUUCAUCGAGGGUGAAGACGAAAAAAAAAAAAAAAAAAAAAAUUCUCCCGCGACAGAAAUGUUGUCUGAAAUGGGCACUUCACAGGACGACAAAAAUUUAGUUCAUUAUUGUCAUAUCGGAUGCGCGCGUCCAUUUACUCAUCAGUUAAAAAAUACACAUGGAAUGAGUUGCCCAGUUGGUUACAACGUAAGUGAUGGUGUGUGUUUUUCCUGCAAGGGUAAAAACAACGAGGGCAAUAUUCCUACUGUUUUUUACGCCAAUAUGGAGGAAAAUUCUUUGCACGGCUGCGCCAACUGUGUGAAGUCAAAUGGGGGGAAGCAACAUUUUGUUAGCAGUCCCCAUGGGGGGACCUGUACUCAGGAUGGAUUCCAUGAAAAGGACUCAACAAUGCUCCCUAAGACAUGCACACACACGCUGCCCAAUAGCAGCAGCGAAAUAAAUUCUCCACAUCCUCUCAAAUUGGAAAGCAAUUCAGGCAGGGCGGAGAGAAUGCUAAGUGGCUCUCUGCACACAUAUUCGGGGACAAUCCGUGGAAGGAACGUUUCAAGUAUAAUUAGUAAAGGGGAGCAAGGGGAAUGGUCCAGUGAUGGGCCUCACGGAUUUGAUAGGCCUCUGCUGUGUGAUAGCCUGCAUCACUGUGGGGAUGUUGAUGGAGGAACGGAAAAUAAAUCCCUCAAGUUGUGCAAAAGCAGGAGUAAGCAACACACAGACUGGUGCCCCCUGAAGGGCGAUAUGCAUAUGAUGAAGGGGAGUAGAAGUAACAGAUCUCCCUUUAUGAAAAGGGUGGAUGUGGCGACACGCAAAGGCGCGUGCGGGGGGGUGGAGAAUAAGUCGAAUUUAAUAUGUGGAGGGAGAUUACCAAGUAAGUCCAGCUUAACAUGUGAAGACGGUUUGGGCAGUGUUGCGAGGAGGGUCUGCCGGAUCAUCCCAGACCCUACGCCACAAGGUGAAAGAAGGUUGAAGGAUCCGCGUGGACGUCAAGGCAUAAUUCAUACCAUUGCCAGAUCGUUGAGUGAGGUACUUAUAGAAAAUGAUGGAGAAUUGGGGAAGGCAGAAGUCCCUGGGGAGGGAAAACGCACGGAACCGUUAUACUUGAGUAGAAGGGAAGAAACGGAGACGAAUGAAGAAAACGGUGGAGAUAAUGUGGUCGCAUUUAAUUGUCCAGGCGACGUGAAUACAUUUCAGGAGGACGCCUCUAUAAUGGAUAAGCACGCGGAAGACAUGCAUGACAUGAGUACUGGAGGGGAGGAGGACACCCGAGAUGUGUACAUAACGUACGAUGAAGGCGGAGGUGACAAUGUUGUAUGUUCUUCCCGCAGUGACGAUGUGAAGCAGGCAAAGUCGUCAACGCAUGAGUCCUUCACUACAGAAGUGAGUUUCGAAAAUGGAAGCGAAAGAGAGGAGGAGGAUUCCGCAGAGCGGAUAGACCACGGGACAUCCAGUGUGGCAUCCAGCGUUGAACAUAAUGAGACGCAUGCCCCCGACUUAAGUGACGACAGCGGGAAAGCAAAGAAUCGAGGAAAGAGCUGUGAGGAGGAUUUAGGAAUGAAGCGCAUAAUGCAGUUACUGAUGUUGUUGGAGAGGGAACGGCGCAGGAGCGGUAGAGUGGGAGAGAGAAAAAAGACAGAGGGGAUAAAGACGGGAAGAAAGGGCACCCAUGAAAGGGAAGAAGGUGAUGCACACAUGUAUUUUGCGAAAUAUGUGGAUGAGAUAUUUAGACGUGAAGAGGAAGCGCAGGAUGGAUAUAUGGGAGGAGAAACAACUGAAGGGGACAGAGAAAAAAUAAUCGACACGAAUGGAGGAGGGGCGGAGAAGUGGUGUGCCACCCUACUAGACAAGGUAGAAGAACAUGUGGGGGCCCUGGACAUUUCUCUUAAUGAAAUUUUACAGCUUAACAAAGUGAAAAAGAUAUUCUGGUACUUGUACAUGAAGUUUAAAUUGGCUGAUAGCAUCACCAUUGAGAAAUUUUGUGAGCUCCUGAAGGAGAAAAUAAACGAGGAGAUGAGUAAAAAUUAUUUUAAGGAAUAUGUCAUGUGGGAAAACUUUCAGUCAUUUUGCAGAAAGAACGUUGGGAACUUUGAUUAUAAAAUGAUGAUUUUGGAAAAUUUAUUUUGCCUGUUAAAAUCAUACCCUCUAGAUUAUGAGGAGAAUAAAGGAUGUUUCUACAUGUUGAAUCCACAGAGGAAUAAAAUGAUGCAGAGUUCAAGUCUGUAUGGAGAGAAGAACGCGAACGUACAUUUAAUGAAGAACAAAAUGAACUAUCUCAAAUUAACAAGAGAAAUUAAUAUACAUUUUAAAAAUAAUUUUUUUUUUUUGGACAAAAUUUUCAUCCCCAAGGAUGCUUUUUUCUUCGUAAAAGAUAUAGAGGAUAUCGGGUUGAAGGAUGACUCAAGUAAAACAUUGUAUGUGCAUCAGGGGUUGGUACAAGAUUUAAAUGAAGAAUCAGAGGAGAAAAAUAGCUUCGAUGGGUUUUAUGCAGGCAAUCCUCCGUACCAGUCAGAUUAUUAUAGGUAUGUCCGUAAGAAAAAGGUACAGAGCAAAAUGAGGAAGAUGAAAGAGUUCAUUUUGUACUAUUAUGGUUUUCCCUCAGUGCAGCAUUUUUUUGAGGCACUGCUUGAAUUUGAGAGAGAGUAUAAAAAGGCGAACAGGGGAUGCACUUCGCUGAACGGGAGAGUUGUCGAGCAGGAGGUCAGUCACAUGUUGGAAUUGACCAGCAUGUUGUACGCUAAGUAUGGCAGGGAACCUUGUGUCAAGGGGUGCAGUGAUGCACACGGAGGGGUAAUUCCCUGCCAGUGCUACAGCUCCCAUUUGGAGGCAUGUCCCCUGGAAGGACAUGAAGUGGAUAUGGAGAAAAAGACAGGAUAUGUGAACAGCAUGGCACAGACGACAGAAUCGAAUCGGCAUAUGGGACUAAAAAUUCCAGACACGGGGAAAAGACACCACUCAGAGUGUACGUACGAAGAGCAAAUGAAGUGUGACAUGUCGGCUAGGUUUGCAAAGUGGAAGAAGGAGGAUCAGCAGAACAAGCUAAACAUGGACUCAUUAGAAACCAAUGUUAUGAGGGAAAAAGUGGGCACGGAGGUAUUCCCAUGUGAGUGUGGUCCACACUGCAGUGAAGGAGCCGAACCAUACUGGCUAAGCGAAACGAUUGAGGAGGUAUCCUGCACGUACGAAAAAUUUUUCAACACAGUUGACGCGGGAAACAAGGUGAAAGAAAUAAAUUUAAGGACUCUAAAAUUAUUUACAGAAAAUUUGAGCAAGUUGAAAGGGUAUCCAAAUUUCACAUCCGUUGAUGAAGUGUUCUGGGGCAUCUGUUUUUCUGACCCAGAUUUGCCUAAACAUAUAUUAUGUGAGAAGAAAAUAUUUCCCAAACAUAUAAGCUUUAAUGGUUUCAUGAGGAGCAUGAGGUAUGUCCCUUAUGUGAUUCCCGACUUCCCUGUGCCGAGUAGACAUUUUAUAUCAUUGUAUAAAAGUGAGAAAGCUAAUGAGGUGUUUAACUCGAGAAAUGCUUUUUUAAAUUUGUUGAAGUAUGAAGGGAAGAAUCGCGAGAUGGUUCUCCUGCGCAAUAAAAUAAUCUAUGACAUAGUUAAAUUGUUCGUUCUUUUGUCCUCAAAUUUUGGGGUUGAGACGGGAAAAUAUGGGAAAGCUGCAGGGGUGCCACAUGGUGACGCUGAUCCCAUGGUGGAGUCCUCUUAUUACAUCAACUACAAAUGCUAUUUGAGAAAGGGAAGGGAAUGUGCUUCCAAUAGGGGUGAAUAUGAAGACACGUCGAGCAGCUGUUCCUUGGAUUAUAUUCCCAGCAGCUUGGAUGAUGAGGUGGGGGAUGACCAUGAGGAAGGAGCCUUAUCAACAGGGGAGAAAAACAGUGAAAGGAAAGUACAAGUGCCCCACCAAGGUUACCACAUAACCCAUUCGACGUUAGAACAUGCGAAUCGUAAAAAGGAGAACAAUGAACAGCCAUACAGUACGAGCAAUCACCUGGAUGAGGGCAGUGCCAGUGCAGUGGAAGAAUUACUGGUGAGAACAAAUAAAAAAAUGUCGUACAAAUAUGUACCCAAGUGGCACAUGUCAAAUGAUAUGUUUCUGUCUCGACUGGUAUCUUUUGAUGAAAUUCAAAUUUCUUUGGAGAAUAUAUAUCCACUGUUCAUGAUUCAGACGGCGCUAAUUUAUAUGAUUCACAUUUCGUGUUGUACGUUAGAAGAGGACGAGUGGAGGUACUUUUUUGAAGGUGCCUUUACUCUGUACAAUACCUUAACCCCCGAGGAGGUAGCCCUGAGGUAUAUAAAAUUAAAAGGGGGUCAGUUUUUCAAACUGAGCAAUAUCAAGUUCAACAAAAAUAUAAAUCUGCAUCAGGUUUUCAUGAGAAUACCAGAGAAUAUGCAGUGCGCAGAAAUUUACAGAUUGGCUAUAAAUGGGGAGAACACUUCUACGGGGUACUCCGCUGAGCCUUUCGAUAUAUAUCAUCUCAUGUUCGUUGCGCGGGUGUUUUGGUACAUUUUUUUGUACUCGGACAAUUUUUUGCUUUUGCGUUCAUCCCUGUUUUGGGACGCCCCCGAGUAG